CGUGUUUGUUUUCUCGCUCCGCCAGCUCGGAAUCGAAAAUCCUCCCGGAAGAUUUUCAAUUUUACCAUAUUGAUUACGGUUAUUUUGAUUUAAUUUCGAGUGCUACGCGUAGGACAAAGUACCCUUUUCAUAUCGCGCUUGGAGUUCGAUGAUUCCGGUUAUCGUGGCGGGUGUUAAACGAAUAAAAAAAAUUUCCGAUUUUGUGCAGUACGUGAAAGUGUCAUCCUUCGAGCAUUAUUUUCAUCUUAACAGUCAAAAUAGUGCGGCGUUCAUUUUCGAUUGACCGUAAGGCACGUCGGCCAUACGUAUUUAAGGAAAAAAAAUAUUACGAUGAAUUUGUUUAGUUAAUUUUAACCAGAUAACUAGAUUGCAAAAUAGUAGACAUCGCAUUCCUAUGUUCUAAAAAUGUAUUCACGAUUGGACAAUUUUUGGGACCGAAUCCGGAUGAAGAACCUUGAGAUGAAUCGGGAACAAGAACCAUCUCCCAGUCCCAGAAGAUUCAGCAGUUCCAAUCAGGAAUGGAACCUGGGAAAUGUGGAGGAUCUCGACAAAGACUAUGGACCAAGCGAAUCAACAGUAAGCAUCCCUACAAUUAAUUUGGAUGAUGAUGACGAAGAGGACGAGGACGUUGUGGAAGCAACGGAAAACACUAGCAUACAAGAUGAAGAGCCUUUACGAGGAUUCGAGCUGUCUCCUCCCGGAUCAACGGCAGGGGACCGAUUUCGACGCUCGUUCACCGCCACACCGAUGUCUGACGAUUUAAGAGAACUGGCCGGGUAUUAUAGCAACCAAAGCUCGGUAAUAUCGGGUCGUAGAUCCAUCCACGACCGGUCACCUUCACUAUCCGGUAGCAUUUCCGGUAGAUCGUCCAUCAAUAGAUCUCGCAGCUCCAGAAGGGAGAACUAUUUUGCAACGGUACCGGAAGAAUCAUUCGGAACAUUGCGACCGUUGGCGGCAGUUUCCUCCAAUGAACCGGAGCUGGUCAGUGACGAAUCAAGAAUUGUAAUGGUCGCUAAUCACAUCGAAAAGCGCAUAGUUCGGCGAUCUUGCGAUAAAAACAAACCUUCAGCAGCGCCAAUCCGUCGCAACCGUGAGAAAAUUAACAACGGUCCGCAUAUUUUGCUGGGGGAAAUUGAUUUACUGACCGAUACGGAAUCUGAGCAUACUGAAGAACGGUCAGUCACAUCUUCUCCAUCGCGUGUUACGAAACCUACGCAGGGCCCUUCUAACAAGCCGCAGGCAACGACCACAAACUCGGCCUUGCUCGGGAGAAUAGGCUCAACGCCAGAAGGAAUAGUAAUUGAUGUGGAUGCAAAGCUUCCAUGCUACGAAGAUGUGCAGAUGAAACUAUGCGAAGUUGAAGCUGUUGAGUCUUCUUUGAUGACGGAAAAAGCAUCCCAAAUCGAUCACUGUACACUAGACGAUUCUGAAAACAGUUCUCCUUCGAAUGUUAAACAAUCGUCUCAAGAUUACUCGUUCUGGGAUGUGUCGAGCUCAGGAUGCGUGAAAAGAACCGGAAGCAAAGAAACGCCCAAACCAGACUAUAACUCAGAACACACCGAAUUUGACCUUAUGCUCGACAAGAUUAAUAAACAAGUUCCGGCCAUGUCUCAGCGGGAUCGAGUGGAGGAAUGGCGUGUCACCAAAGAAGAUUUGCUAUAUUCGAUCCCCUCAGUAGCCCAAAUCGAGAGUGGAACUCCUCUUAAGCGUCCAAUGGAUGACUCGGUAAGUGUGCUUAGUGGAGAGAGUAGUAGCGAUUCGGAAACAAGCGACAGCCCAAGCUUGCUCCGUGCAAAACGUGCACGAGCAUAUUUAAAAAAACGACGUGCGGCCGAAAACGCGCUAGCCACAGGUGAAGGGACGUCUCCUCCAUUGCCUCUAAGCGAAGAUAUGGAUUUUCGGAGGGAUCAAGUUAAUCCGGAAAUUGACAAACCUCCUAGUAUGAUAAAAAUAAGAAAAAACUAUUAUAAAAUUCCGACAGCUGUAAAUCGCCUGCCGGAAAGAGAAGAAACAAUAGAAAAUCAUCCCAAAGAGCCUUACGAACAUUUCCUGCGUAAUGAUUCCGAUCGAGAAAUGUUCGCUAGCUAUCUUCUUAGGAAUCCAGCCUAUUGUCCGGGUAUUUUGCAAUCAAAACGACACCUUGCGGAAAAUAAUGGCAUCAAAGCAGUCGAAGUUUUGGUACAGUCACCAGAAACUCAAACGUCUGUCAACGAAAACAAUAGCAAUCAAUCGCUUCCGCAACAACAACCUGCGGCAAAUCGUUCCAAGCGCUAUUUCAAGAACCGCACCAAACCUGUUGACCGCACUCUUCGACACCGCAAGCUUCGCAAAAUGCAGCUCAGAAAACAAUCGUCCAAAAUGAAUCAGCGCAACUAUAUCCGUUACUUGUCCAAAAGUUUACUCCGCAACGGCAAAGUGCGCAAGAAGCAAUCGCUAUCUAAUUUGCAAAACAAUAAAAAGAAAAAACACCGCAAACCAAAAGCGGUGUCACCUCAAGUGAUCGAAAACCCUUCCUCCCCAGCCCCCCUGUCCGUUGCGAUGGAAUGCGCUCCGCCGUUGAAGAAGCAUGCUUCAUCCAGAGAAUCGGUUGAUAGUGCGGUGAGUAGUUCAACGUCGGCCGAUCACAAAAAGCAGAUUGAGAAAUCUCCCGCAGCACCAGACCUAUGGACUCUCAAAAAUCCUCUGGAUCGCACCGAGGGAGAAGUGCUGAUGAUCUACUGUGUUGCGGAUCAGCUGAUAGUCGUGCAGCAGCACUUGAUCAGCUUCUGGAGCUACUCGAAGCUUACCGCCUUGCUCGGUUUGCAGCAGGAAUUGCAACCGGUCGGGCAGAUCAAACGGGCGCAAACAGAUUCCGAAGUCGAAAGCGCCAACUGGAAUCGGUUGGGUUUCAAUGAGAGCAAACCGUUCUACAUGGAACCGCGAGCGCGAAUCCUGGACGAAGACAAAAGCCGUACCUGUCCACUGGUAUCGAUGUACGUGAACUGCUACUUUCCGAAAAAUGUGGAUAGCGAUAGUAACGGCGUUCCGUGCAUUCGCAUGAAGUCACUACAGUUGGACACCGUUCAAAGUGAGAUAAUCGAUGUGAGGUUUGUGCCAUUGGGCUACUCGCGGUAUUUCGUACUCUGUUGGCACGAGCAAACGUCCGAAACUGAUUUCCGUACCGGAUUAUGCAAGUACAGUCUCACACCCGACUUGGAAACGCUCGCUAGUAUUCGAAGUUUUCCAUGUGUAUCACACAGAAUUUCAAAGCUUCGCUACAUGAACGGCAAUCGGUUGAUCGGUUUAGGUGGCACCAAACUCGCCAUCUGGAACUGCGACAAUGGGGAUUUAACUUUUUCAGUAGAUCUUAAAACUGAAAUUUCCCUACCAUUGGCAACAUUUAUUCACACCGAGAAUGGAGAAAACGCUCUGUUUCUUAUUCAUCUUUCCUCAUCCACGGGCAAAACAAUGUUCAACAAACAGAUCAAAACAAUUGCCAUAAAUAUGAACAAGUGUUCCUGGCAUACGGUUCACUGCAUUGAAGUUGCCCUCGAAUCCGAAAAGAUCUCGUGCGAAUCGACUGCCAAUUCCGAAACGAAUGGGACCGGUUGGCAAUGUGUGGUAUUUCAAAGCGGGGAGCUGCUCGCAGUCAGUCUCGAUGAUCUCACUUGUUACUUCACCAACCAGAAACUGUUGCAGGCACCGAAUGGUCGGCGGGUUACCCGUGAUAUCGCGGCCACUCGCGAGAAACUGUUCCUCGAUCCGGUGGCAACGCGUGGUCACCGGUUGGUGCUGGUGGGUGAUAAAUUUAUCAAACUCAAAACAAUUGAAGAGUACGCGCUUCUAUGUAGAUAGGAUAGACAAGUAAAAUCGAAGAUGUAAUGGUUUACGUUUUCACCAGAGGUCAGUUUAGACUUUACGAUGGAUGUGGAGCGAUUUGCCGUUGUAAAAACGAAUAAUUGAGAGAGAAGAACGUUUGAGAGAAUUUAGUUUUAACGCUUUAGUCUGUUGAAUUGUGUUUUUUUUUUUUCUUAGAAUCGCCGCAGUCAAUUUUAUAAACAGUAUAUUUUUAUAAGGCGUUUAACUGUAGCUGAACUAGCGUUAAUUUUGAACACCCCACUUUUUUUUAGAGAAUUGCCACUGGACAAAUUUGAAUAGCUUAACCACAGAUGUUUCCUCUUAAGGAUGGUUCCUUUUUCGAAAAACAAUAAUAUUUAGCGCUCACCUGUAUCUGAAGGAUGUGUUCAAUUGGUGAGAUCAUCUCACACUGGACGCUCAGAUGUCCUUAGUUAUACCUAGUAGUAGUUUUUCGUUUCAAAUAUCAUUCUUGCGAUAGAAGUUGUGUGCGCGGCAAAAAGAGGUUAUAAUUAUAAUAUAAUACAUAUAUUUAUGUGUAAAAUAGCGUAACAAGUUAUCGUCGGUUCACAGGAAUAUAAUAGUAUCCAGAUGAAUUAUAAAAUAAACGCAAAACAGUUUAUUUUUAAAACUUA